AUGGUAGAUAAGUUACAGUAUAACAGGGCAUUAUACUUGAAUAGCUCAAGUUGCCAUUAUCCAGACUCGGAUACUAACAAUUUGAAGAUCAAGUGCACAGUGGACUGUGUACAUGACAAAAACAGACAUUGCCAUGUCAAGGAGUUUUCCUUUACCGGCGCGGCUUUAACUGGUUCUAUACCUAAAGAAGUGGAGGAGCUUAAGCAUUUGGAGAAGCUUGAUUUAUCCAGCAAUAAGCUUACCGGUUCCAUUCCUGAUACCUUGUGGAAUUUGUCAUCCCUGGAACUAUUAGACCUUUCAAGAAAUCAACUGACAGAAGGCAUAUCAGAGCGCAUAGGACACUUACGCAAUCUUACUAUUCUGUCUCUGUAUUAUAAUAACUUGUCAGGUCCAAUUCCCGACCAAUUAGGAAACAUCACAGCCCUUCAAACAUUAUAUUUGGAUCAGAAUCGACUCUCUGGUCGUCUACUAUCACUUAGAAAUUUGAGCAAUCUCGAAGACUUCUGGGCGGGAUCCAAUGAUCUUACUGGGGAAUUCCCGGAUUAUGCCAAUCUUACUCAGAUGAGCGUAUUUUCAAUAUCUGGCAACUAUAUGUCUGGUCGCUUUCCAGCUGACUUCAUCCGAAAAUGCACCCAACUAUAUUUACUGUCAAUUUUGGGAAACAAUUUUGAAGGGAGUCUACCUGCAGAACUUUUUAAUUACUCCCGUCUUGAGUAUUUAACGAUCAGUGACGUAGCAAACUCUGGUUUCCAAUUCCCACGAUUUGCAAACCUGAGCAAUAUAUACACUCUGAUAUUAAGGAACUGUUCCAUCACCGGUGAAAUCCCUGAAUACAUUGGUAAAAUGUCAAAUUUAAAAUACUUGGAUUUGAGCUUUAACAAUUUAACCGGACGAAUCCCACAUUCCAUGAAAGGUUUAAAUUUAACUCACUUGUCCUUGGCAAAAAAUAAACUUAAUGACACAAUCCCUGAUUGGGUUGGUGAAGUCAAGACUAGAUUGGAUUUGUCGUACAAUAACUUUUCCGAAGUUAGCUUCGUAGUGCCAGACGAUAAGCGAGAUCAUCUGAACUUGUUUUCCUGCUGCAGCAGUUCAACCGAUCCAGAUCAACUAUUUGUGGAUCCAAAGAAACGCAUGCAUACGCAUUGUCCUGGACGAAAAUCUAAAUCUCGUUCCUUGUUUAUAAAUUGUGGUGGUGAGGGAGUAAAUUUUGGUGACAAAUAUUAUGAAGCAGAUAACUCAACUUCAUUCUAUUAUAUUAGUCCAUCCAAAACCUGGGGUUAUAGCCUUUCUGGAGACUUCUUAUCACCGGAGUCCAAUCCUAGUAAUUUCAUACAGAACCAGUCAUUUGGAAUUCAUGUUCCUGAGGCAGACUUAUAUUCAGAUGCUCGGAUUGCCCCUGUCUUCCUAAGUUAUUAUGCUUGCUUACACAAAGGCAAAUAUAAUGUGACCCUUCACUUUGCUGAAAUGGUAUUCAGGGAGAAGGAAUCGUAUAGUAUACUAAAAAGACGGGCAUUUGAUGUUUAUAUCCAGGAUGAGAGAAGGCUAAUGAAUUUCGACAUCGCAAAAGAGGCAAAGGGUCCAGAUGAACCUCAAAUCAGACAUUUCGAAGCUAAUAUUAAUGAUAGUGUAUUGGAGAUUUCCUUCUACUGGGCUGGAAAGGGAUGUGCAGACGUCCCACCUACUUUGAAUGGACCUCUCAUUUCUGCUAUUUCCGUAACUCCAGUUCCCCAACACUCUGCAUUGUGGCGAAAAUUGAAGAAAGCAUUGAUUAUUACUCUACCUUCAAGUGUAGUUGUUCUAUUGCUUCUAUUAGCUUUCGUGUGGAAAAUGGGCUGGCUGGGGAAAAGAGAUUUGAGAGAAAUACAGAUAGGCCAAGAUAAACAUGUUACCCUUCAAGAAUUAAUAGGUGCAACUCGAAAGUUUAGCAGCAAAAUGGAGAUCGGUAGAGGGCAUUUUGGAAGGGUUUAUAAGGCUGAACUGGAAGGUGGUCAAACUACUGUAGCUGUUAAAAGACUUUCUACUCACUCAAAAGAAAAUAUUGAGGAAUUAUUAAAUGAAUUCUAUACCUUAAAAUCAUUGAGGCAUGAGAACCUUGUUCAAGUGUUGGAUGCUUAUUUUGGAGAAGGGUUACAUUUGCUCAUCUAUGAAUAUAUGCCAAACCUGUCCAUUGCAGACGCUUUUUUUGGCUCGAAGUCCAGAUUGAAGUUUAAUUGGGAAACUAGAUUUAACAUUUGCCUGGGAAUAGCGAGGGGUUUAGAGCAUCUUCAUGAGCACCCUAGACUCAAGAUGGUUCAUAGGGAUAUCAAAGCUGAAAAUAUCCUUCUUGAUGGAGCUCUUAAUGCUAAGAUCUCAGACUUUGGAAUGGCAAGCCUGUACACCGAGGAAGAACAACUUAUGAUCAUCAAAGUGGAAGCACCAAACGGACAUAUGGCACCUGAGUAUGCAAUUCAAGGAAUUGUAACAAGCAAAGUUGAUGUUUACAGUUUUGGGGUGGUUAUACUCGAAAUUGUUAGUGGGAAGAAAAAUGCAGGAUACAAAUUUAACCAUGAGAGUGAGUAUCUCUUGGACAUGGCUUAUGUCGCAAAUAAAAAUGGAAGCCUCGUGGACUUGGUGGAUAAAAAUUUGUCUGGCAUUUAUGAUGCAAAACAAGCCAUCACCAUCUUAACCUUGGCCGUGAUGUGCACGAAUAUAUCUCCUACUCUAAGGCCAAGAAUGGCAGACAUUGUGAGUAUUCUUGUUGGUGAGAAAACCUUUGAGCAGAUUAAUCCGCCUACUGUGGAAGAUCAUCAGCUUAAUGUAGCCAUGGCUCGUGACGAAUGUACCAAAGCUGAUUCCUCUACUUCCACAGACGUGACCUCAAGGGCAUCAACUUCAACUAAAUUAAUCAAGGGGAUAGAUGAAACACAAAAUUCUUCUGCAGAAACCUGUCUCGAAAUAUUGGAAGAAAGUCAGACCUCGCAUUAA